AAUAUUUGUCGCUCCUUCAAAAUCACAUGAAUAUUUUAUGUUUUUGUUGUAAAUCUUAUCACUCAAGAUUAGGAAAUAAUUCAAAGCUUCUAUCCAAGAACGGAAAAUUAGACGCAUACUCCAGUGGUAGAUCUGAACUAGACCCUAAAGAUUUUAUAAUCACUGACAAGUGCGGUGGUAUAUAUGGCAGGAUUUCAGGGGAAAUAAACGGUCAGCAAUUUUUAAUCCAGAAUUGUAAGGAUUCUUACAUUUACCUCUUAGAUCACUCAAUGACAAUCACUAUUGAUGACUGUUCAGAUUGUACUAUCGUGACGGGGCCUGUAAAGACCUGUUUUUUCAUAAGAGACUGCCGACGGUGUAUUAUAGCGACUGCAUGUCAACAAUUUCGGUCGAGGGAUUGUCAUGAUACACUUGUUUUCGUGGCUUGUUCAACAGAACCUAUCAUUGAAUCUUGCACAAAUUUCACUUUUGGUCCCUAUCAGUGUAGCUAUCCAGGUUUAGAAGAUCAUUUCGCUGCAUCUGGCCUCAGUAUAUUUAAUUGCAAUUGGUAUGAUAUCUAUGAUUUCACCCCGGAUGAAAAUACUGAUGCUGUUCAUAUUUCACUACUAAAAACGACUGAUUCAAUAGAUAACCAUAUUUUAACACCACAGAAGGCAUUAGAACAUGAAGUUGAAAAUAGUAAACUUGAAAAUGGCGAUGAUGAUUCCAUGUCUCUUUUGCAACCGUUAAUGUCAAUUCCAUUGUCUUUUUCAACUGAUAACUCUGUUGUUCCUUUUACGAUUGGCAAUAAAUUAUCAAAUAGUACAUUAUCUCAAUCUACUAAUCAAAUAAUAGAAAAACAAUUUAAUAAAUCUGCCCUAAUUACAAUAUUUCCACAUGAAUCAGCUAUUCAGUCAGCUAAAAUAAUAUGUGAUUAUUUACGAAAAACUAAUUCUUGUACUAUUGUUCAAACUAGUUGUUCUCAAUUUUCUGAACAUGAAAUUGAACAAAUUUUCAAAUGUAACUCUAAGGUGUUUAAAUCAGGUAAUGUAAUCACAAUCGAAAUUACGGGAACCUCAAACACACUGGAUACACUUAGUGAAGAAAUCAUGUCUAAAACAAAUCUUCCCGUAUCUAGUAAAUUAUAUAUUCAGGUCACUACAGAUUCACUAGAGACAACAAGAAGAAUAAAUUUACUCAAUGGACUUCACAGAAUGCAUAUGAACACAUGAUUCUUUAAAUAAAGUAUUUCUCAUAUUACUGGAUCGACUGAAGCACCAGUUUGCAUUGAUUUAUUUAAAGUACCUUAUUAUAUUGUUCUAAAGGAGAAUUGCUUAUUUGUUUACUUAUUCAUUUUCAGUUAAAAAGUAAAAUUGUAUUUUAUGUAUUGAUAAAUGAAUAAAGCAAACAUAUCGAUAACA